CCUUUCUUCACAGUAAAUUUGAGUUAACGAGAUAAUAAAAGAAUGCAAAAUUGUUACAAUCAACAUUUGACUUGACUUAAAUCAACUUAAGAUGCUGCAGAAAAACCGAAAUAUUUAGUUUUGUUGUUGGAAGUGCGUUAAAAAUGUUUGAUACCAUCAAAAUAUUUUAAAUAACUUAAUAACAAUAAUAAAUGAAUCCGGAUACUAUAAUAAUUGAACGUGGUGAUGAAAACAAAAAAAGAAAAUUCGAUUCAGAAGUUCAAAUACCAAUGAAAACCGUAAAACAUACACCAAGAAAACAGUAUUUAUUAGUAGAGGACAACGAUGAUAAUAAAAGGAGUAAUUAUUCUGUAAGAGCUGUAUCCAAAACUGGAGAAUGUAAUAUAUUUCCAUCAAAUGUAGAAAAAAAGAAAUUUCUUCGUGAUUUUUUCACAACAUUAAUCGAUAUGAAAUGGAGAUACACACUCGCAAUAGUUUCAUUGGGUUUCAUAAUAACUUGGACGCUAUUUGCUAUCAUUUGGUGGUUGAUAGCAGUAUACCAUGGAGAUCUAGAGGAAAAUCAUCUCCCGAUGCACCAAGCUGCUUCGAAUUGGACACCUUGCGUGACGGAUAUCCACGAUUUCACCUCUUGCUUCUUAUUUUCAGUGGAAACUCAACAAACUACAGGUUAUGGUGAAAAAAGACCAACGGAGAAAUGUAUCGAUGCCGUAAUAUUGAUGUGCAUUCAAAACGUAGUUGGUCUAAUUGUAGACGCUUUUCUUGUAGGCGUUUUCUUUGCGAAACUUACCAGACCGAAACAUCGAACUCAAACAAUACAAUUUUCUAAAUGCGCCGUUAUUUCCAUGCGAGAUAACAAAUUGUGUCUUAUGAUAAGACUUGGCGAUAUGAGAGAAAGAAGUCGAAUAAUAGAAGCCAAAGUGAAAGUUCAGAUGGUGAAACAAAAAGUUUCUAAAGAAGGCGAAUACUUUUCUAAUUAUUUGAUGAAACUGCCUACUAAUAUAGACGAUUGCGAGAACGAUCUACUGUUCAUUUGGCCAAUGACUGUUGUCCACGUGAUCAAUUCCUCUUCUCCGCUAUAUAAUAUAUCCAAAAACGAUUUACACAAACGACAUUUCGAAAUAAUCAUCAGUUUAGAAGGUACUAUUGAAAGUACAGAUCAAAAAACGCAAGCUAGAUCCAGUUAUUUAGCCGAUGAAAUCAUAUGGGGUUACAGAUUUGCCUCAAUGAUAUCUAUUUGCACCAAAAGGAAUGGUUAUAAAAUUGACUAUACUAAAUUUGACGAGACUAUUGAAAGUAGCACUCCGAAUCAAUCUGCUGCCGAAUUAGAUCUUUUAAAAAGUGGAUGUAGUUCUGGUAUCAAACAUUUAAUGAGAGAAGUUCAAUAAAUUUGACUACAUCUCUA